CCCACCGGUCUCCUGCCUGGAAGUGCUGACAGAUCAAGGCAACAAAUUUCAAUUACAAGCCCUAAUUUGUGUCCGCAGAGCGUUUGUUACCCAUGUCAGAGCUGCUUGGCCCCUCAGACGAGGCAGAGCUUGCAGCAGGAGAGAAGAAGGAGGGGGAGAAAAGAAGCGCCUCUUUUGCAAGAAGGAGUCGUUCGGCCUGGGAAGGAGAGCGAGAGGCAGCGGGAGAAAGCCGCGCUCCAGCCUCUCUCGGGCCGCUGCAAGUUGGAUGUAAAAGCCGGAGGCGACGCGGAGGAGAACUCGGUGCGGCCUGGAAGGAGGCAGAGGCGACGAGCCCGCCGGCCCGGGCAUGGCCGAGAAGAGGCGAGCGUCGCCUUGCACCAUGCUGAGCCUCAAGGCGCACGCCUUCUCGGUGGAGGCGCUCAUCGGAGCCGAGAAGCAGCAGCAGCAGCAGCAGCCGCAGAAGCGACGAAAGCUGGCCGGGGUGGGCGGCGAAGAGGCGGCGGCCGAGGAGGACGGCGGCGGCGACAAAGGCUGCGGCGAAGGCGCGGACAGCGACGGCGCAGCUUUGCAGUCCAGCUCGGCCGACGGCGACCGGAGCCGCAGCGCUCGGGCACUGCCCGUAGGCGAGGAGAGUUUCUCGAGGGCCGCCUCCCCCCCGCUAUCCCCCGGAGGUCCUGCCAAGGCUGCGGGUUCGAGGCCCGUUUCUCCUUUACUCGCCCCGCAGGUACCCCGGGUGGACCUUCAGGGCGCGGAGCUAUGGAAGCGAUUCCACGAGAUAGGCACCGAAAUGAUCAUUACGAAAGCGGGAAGACGGAUGUUUCCUGCAAUGAGAGUGAAAAUUUCAGGUCUAGAUCCACAUCAACAAUAUUAUAUUGCUAUGGACAUUGUCCCAGUGGAUAACAAAAGAUACAGGUAUGUUUAUCACAGCUCCAAAUGGAUGGUGGCUGGUAAUGCUGACUCACCUGUGCCUCCUCGUGUAUAUAUUCAUCCAGAUUCACCUGCCUCAGGAGAAACUUGGAUGAGACAAGUAAUCAGCUUUGACAAACUGAAACUAACAAACAAUGAACUGGAUGACCAGGGCCAUAUUAUCCUCCAUUCUAUGCACAAGUACCAGCCACGUGUCCAUGUCAUUCGGAAAGACUGUGGGGAUGAUCUAUCCCCAGUCAAGCCCAUUCCUUUGGGGGAGGGGGUGAAGGCCUUCUCUUUUCCUGAGACAGUGUUCACAACUGUUACAGCAUACCAAAACCAACAGAUCACAAGACUUAAGAUUGAUAGGAAUCCAUUUGCCAAAGGAUUUAGAGACUCUGGACGAAACAGGAUGGGAUUGGAAGCAUUAGUGGAGUCUUAUGCAUUCUGGAGACCCUCGUUGAGGACACUUACAUUUGAAGAUAUACCCGGGAUUGCUAAACAAGGAAAUACUGGCUCUUCCUCCUUGCUCCAGGGAACUGGUAAUGGAGUACCAACCACUCAUCCACAUCUCCUACCUGGGUCUCCUUGCUCCUCUCCGGCAUUCCAUCUUGGUCCCAACACUAGCCAGCUCUGCAGCCUUACUCCAGCUGACUACACAGCUUGUGCCCGUUCAGGGCUGGCUCUGAACAGAUAUAGCACUUCCUUGGCUGAAACCUACAACCGGCUUACCAAUCAAACGGCUGAGCCCUUUGCCACCCCAAGAACUCCCUCUUAUGUGGGUGUGUCAAGUAGUUCAACUGUGAACAUGUCUGUGACUGGCAGCGACAGUGAUGCCUUUAGCUGUCCACAGACAGGCUUGUCGAUGCAGAUUUCAGGGAUGUCUCCACAGCUUCAGUAUAUUAUGCCUUCUCCAUCGGGCAACGCCUUUGCCACAAAUCAAACCCAUCAGAGCUCCUACAACACUUUCAGACUGCACAGUCCUUGUGCUCUCUAUGGAUACAACUUCUCCACGUCCCCUAAACUGGCUGCUAGUCCUGAGAAAAUUGUUUCUUCCCAAGGAAGUUUCUUUGGUUCGUCACCAAGUGGAACCAUGACCGAUCGGCAGAUGUUGCCCCCCGUGGAAGGAGUACACUUACUUAGCAGUGGGGGACAGCAGAAUUUCUUUGACUCUAGGACCCUUGGGAGCUUAACACUGUCAUCAUCUCAAGUAUCUGCACAUAUGGUUUGAUAAAGCCUUUUUAAAAUAUAAGCAUAAUGCAUUGAUUUUUACAAUGUAUUCCUUUUUGGAUUAUGCAAAGGUGAUGUACCUGAUAAGGCAUUUAUAUAAAAAAGCAUUGCAGAAAGUUUUUGAAUCCCUUGCAUAUGGGCAGAUAUUUGGAUAUGCUGAAGGGUUCUAAGUUCAGCUGAGUUUGCUUGCAGAACAGCCCAAUUUAGUUUCCUGGUAGCAUACUCUUCAUUUUAGAAAACACAUUUGGCCAUAUGCAACAAAUUAAGCAACAGUUCUUCCAGCAUUCUCUCCUCUGAAUAUUUUAAAGAACAAAACAACACUCGGGUCUGAUUUAGAUGAAACACACAAAUACGUUUAUCUACCAUUUUAUAACAAUUAUCCUUUAAAUUUUCCUACCACAUUGAGUUGAUGCUGAAAGGCACGUGUUAUUUCUCUGUUGUAAGAGAGAUAAUAACACAUGCACAUUGAUUAGGCUAAGUCCAGAAGUCUGUGUGAGAGAGAGAGAGAGAGAGAGAGAGAGAGAGACAUAUAUAUGUAUAUAUAUAU